GGUACGGAGGCCAAGCCAGUCGGAGCAGCCGCUGUGUUUUGCAGAAGCAAGGGCCGGUGACUGGAUGUUUCCCUGCCAUUUGCAGUGAAAGAUGGCUGAUUUUUGCACGAGGCUCUGGGUGCUCCAGGUGAACCUCUGGCUGAUGGCUCUGGUCACAGGUGGGAUCUCAGCGGACAGGAACAGCACCAGGAACAGCACAGGCAGCGGGUGCCCUGUGGCGCAGCAGCACCUGCGCUACGUGGCAGCCAAGAAGAACAUGCCCGUCCACUUCAUCUGCUACUCCCAGGAGCCCCAUAGCAUGCAGUGGUACAAAACAGCAGAGGACAGUGAUGACCUCUAUGGGCUGGAUCACAGCACCUCCCGCUACAGCAUCGAGAGGAAAGACAACCUCAUCAACUUCACCAUCUUCAGGAUCACCUAUGAGGACAACGGCAUCUAUGUGUGUGACAGCAAGAACCUCACGGCGGAGAGAAAGCAGCCGCACUUGUGCGCGACAGAGCUCAGAGUCAUGGGUCACAGUAGCAUCCAGCAGAUCCAGAGCAGGAACACCCUGAAAGACACCAUCAUCAUCAUCCAGUCCAUCCUGCUUGUCAUCUUCAUCAGCGUCCCCAUGCUCCUCUUCCUAGACAAAGGUGAAGGCAAGGAAAGCCCAGAGGAGGACCACACCUAUGAGGGCCUGGAGGUGGAGCAGAUGGCCACCUACGAGGACAUCACUCCUUUCCGGGACGUGAAGGCCAAGUGGACAGUUGGGGAGCACCCAGGCGAAGAGUGAGACCGGCACCGGUGGCACGGCUCCCUGCCCGCACCCGAGGGGAUGGGCUCCCAGCUCCUGCGCUGGACCAUGGCUCUGAUGGACACCUGGAUUCCGGGCUGCGAUCCCGGACUGCAAACCACCUCCAGCAGCCUUGCACGGAGCUCAGGUCCUGCUGCCCUUGGGUACUCGCUUUGCCGCAUCCGGGCUGUGCCCACCAAGGCUGCCCUGCCCUGGCUGUCGCUCCCACCGCCCCGCUGAUGAAUCCCUAAAGCCUAUGUAGAAAUUAGGAGCCACCUGCAGUCCCCCCACUAGCAAACUGGCCCCAAACCCUGGGCAGCCCCACCCCAUGGCGCUGAGCUCCUGAAUGGUUAAUGCAAUGGAAGUACCAGGGUGGGUGGUGGGUCUCCUCCAGCCCCACCAUCCCUGGGAAGAAAAGGACCAGGCAUCAUCACUCUCCACGCUGCAAGGACCCUCCUGGGCUGCGAGACCCCGCUGCAGCCCUGGCAGAGGAGCUGAGGUGAGCAGCACCACGUGGGUGUUAUGAGAAGUGGAUUUUAGUCCACUGUUUAGCUCUCCAGCCAUGGAUGUGUCCAGCAGGCCAAGCUGGCAGUUGUCUGAGAUGGAGGAUCCUCCAAAAGCACCUCUUUCUCCCCAAAGACUACAGGAAAAGCUAGGGAGACAGCUGUCACCCAGGGGGUCUUGUGCAAGUCUUUCUCCUCUCCAGGCAAGAGCUGGCCCAUGUCACGAAGACGUCCCCAUGGUGAGGGAUGCGUCCGACCUCAGAAGCUAUGGGGAAGAUGUAAAUUGUGGGACACAAAAGUCCAACUGCUUUUUCAAGUCCUAAUAAAGAUAAUGGGUAAAUUCACAUCCUGCUCCACCCUGCCGUGCCUGGUCCAAGGGUGUCCCAUAACCCUGGUGCCAGUGUUGGUGGGAUGCCCUGGGAAUAAGGAGCAGCUUUUCAUGGCUCCAGCUUAGCUAGAAACCAAACUUCACCUCAUCAGGGCCCCGAGUGCAGGCAGGGAUGUGAAGCCGGGAGCAGCCGAGGGGCUCUCCUGGAAGCUCUCGCUGAGCACGCACGGGGGGACGUCCACAGUCCCAAGACGUCAGCUGGGGAUGAGAGACAAAGACCAUCGCCAGGAUCCGAAGCAGGAGAACAGGGCCCAGGGCCAGGAGCUCUGCUCCCGGCUACAUCUGGUCUUGCAAGAGAAGCUGAAAAACAUCUGGAGAGGAGCAGAGUGGCGCUAAUUGGUUUUGUUAAUAAAAACUAUCUUGGCACAGCAGCAGCAGCUGUGUGGGUGAUGGGGCUCGGGGCUGGCUGGGCACCCAACACCAGGGCUCAGGGGGUCCAGAGAGGCAUGGCUAGCACAGGGUGUUGGGUUUGUCUGGAUGAGGCAGGACAAGAGGGUGAUGAGGACUGUGGGGCUGAAAAGUCUGUCCCCCCCUCAGAGAGCCCAGGGCCCCUGCGCCCCUGUGGCUCAUGACAUUUCAGGCCCCGAGGAGAGGAAUACAGGACUGCUCUGCUUCCCAAAACAGCCGGCAGAAAAGGGAGGGUAAAAUCGUGAGCAAACAGGGCUUUCCAGCAGGGAACAGGAUGGUUCUUGUUUAGUAGUAAACCACCUUCAGGGAAAACUGGUAUUCAAUCUAAAUAGCACAAAAACAGCAUUUUAACGUUGAUUUUUACUAGUUAAAUAAAACUAUCCCAAAUUAGUUGCAUGCGCAUGUAUAUAAAUGUUACUUAAACAUGUUUUACUUAUAAAAUUGAUUAAUUAAAGAAAGGAGUAUUCACAGUGAGAGAAGUGAACUGGCUGUUCCCGGUUUCCACAUCGGCCAAGACUGUAGGACUAGCAGAGCUCCUCCCUCCAUCCCUUGUUUUCAGUUAAGAAAUGGAAGAGGAAGGCAAGUUUUCUGGCCUUCCCAGUUCCCAACUGCUUUCUCAGCUCUGUGUAAACAACUUGCUCAACUGACUUAACUGAAUCAUACGAAAAUAAGGAGAAUCUGCUGUUUGCACCUGGAAAGGAAGCCACCGAUGUCAAAAGCAGUUUCAGCGACCCCAGUUCCGCUCUGCCACUUGGUCACCCUCUCAGCCCAGGGUUUUGGCUUCCUUUAAAAUGCCAGAAGCAAAUAAAUAUUUCUGUAGUGUUAGUGUUUUAUUUUAAAUGCUUAGACUGGUUUCUAGGGAGCCUAGAGAUAGGGUUUGUUUUAAUUUUAUAUUGAGAUAGGUUUGUAUUUAAAAUGCAUUUAAUGUAAAUAAAUAUAUUUCAGUAUAUACAGUCCAGGCUCUGUAUUUUGACCUGAUUUGUAUCCUUACCAUCAGCAGGAUAGCCAGGCAGACAGACUGGGUUGCAGUCCUGGACAUCCUCAGCCUCAUCUUUAGAAAUGGGUUCAGUGAAACUGAGCAGUUCUAGUUCUAGGAAAUAAAACCCAUCAAUUCAACCUGAA